CUCUCUAUGUUCCCUUUCACAAGAUGGCGGCCUUCGCCGGGGAAGUGGCUUGGGCCCUACUGCUCCUGUUGCCGCUGCUCCUGUUGCUAUGGCAACGGCUGCGGCCUACGCGUCCCGGGGGCCCCGGCGAAGCCCGAGUGGCGGUAGUGGUCCUGGGCGACCUGGGACGGAGCCCCCGCAUGCAGUACCACGCUCUUUCGCUGGCCAGGGCCGGCAGGAGAGUCGCCUUCCUCGGCUACCCGGGCACGAAGCCACGUGGAGAGAUUGUACGCAACGGAAACAUAGAGAUUGUCUAUAUGACUGAGCUGAAAACCUGGCAAGUUGGGCCAAAGGUUUUUCAGUAUCUCGCAAAAGUCAUUUUCCAAAGUGUCCAGCUGUUGUACACAAUGCUGAGGAUAAGCAAACCGGGUUAUGUCCUUCUCCAGAAUCCUCCCGGUCUGCCCAGCAUAGCUGUGAUUUGGUUAGUUUGCCUUCUCCGAGGCAGCAAGUUCAUCAUCGAUUGGCACAACUAUGGGUAUACAAUCAUGAGCCUGACGCAUGGAAAGAGGCACCUUAUAGUACGGAUUGCUAAAUGGUAUGAAGAAUUCUUUGGCCGCUUAUCUGAUGACAACAUUUGUGUGACAGAGGCAAUGAAAGAGGAUCUUCAGAAGAAUUGUAAUAUCAGAGCAAUAACGCUUUACGACAAGCCGGCUUCUUUCUUUAAGGAGACUCCCUUGAGCGACCAGCAUACCUUAUUCAUGAAACUUGCCAAAGACUACCCUCCCUUUAGAGCUUCACUGGUAGCAGAGUCCAAUCUCCCAGACGAAGUGGAGAAAUCUGUUUUUACGCAACUUGAUGUCAGAAGUGGAAAUGUGACGCAGCAGACAGGCCGACCAGCUCUCCUCAUCAGUAGCACUAGCUGGACAGAGGAUGAAGAUUUUUCCAUCCUGUUAAAAGCUUUGGAAGAAUAUGAGAAAUUUGUCAGUGAUGGAGCAAAACUGCCUCCUUUGGUGUGUGUAAUAACAGGCAAAGGACCUCUGAAGGACUAUUACAACAAACUAAUUGCAGCCCUGCAGUUCAAGCACAUCCAGAUCUGUACUCCCUGGUUGGAGGCGGAGGACUACCCUCUUCUGCUUGGCUCAGCCGACUUAGGCGUUUGUCUCCACAAGUCCUCCAGCGGCCUGGAUCUACCUAUGAAGGUGGUGGACAUGUUCGGCUGCUGCUUGCCAGUGUGUGCAGUGCACUUCCAGUGUUUACAUGAACUUGUGAAGCAUGAAGUGAAUGGUUUGAUAUUCAGGGACUCAAGUGAACUUGCUGAGCAACUGAAGACCCUUUUCUGGGAAUUCCCACGCGCUGAAGGCAAGCUGAGCUUAUUCCGCAGAAACCUUCGCUCAGCCAGGCAGCUGCGGUGGGAUGAAAGUUGGGAACAGACGGCCCUUCCUCUGUUUAGCAGUGGUUCAGCUGAUCAACGUGGAAGUUAAUGUAUACCUCACACAUUCCUAAAUGUUUGUAACACUGUGAGAGCGUUUGUAAAUUAAAAUCCUUUUUUUAAAAAAACA